ACAUGGAACCUUUGAAAACUGAUGCUUUUUCUCCGAUAUGACUUAAAAAAAAUAAAAAGAAGAAAAGAAAAUAGAGUAGUGCACGGCAAGCUAGAGGAUUGUCAAUUUCCCUUGGUGAACUUUGAGGAUCCAUAAAGAAGAAACCAAAUGAAGUGUUUACUGUCAUUAUCCAUAUUUGAUGAAGAGGAUACUGAGGCUCACAGAGAAUUAAUAAUUUGUUCAAGACCAUCUAAUGUGGAGUAAUCAAGAGUGAAUGCCCUGAAAGUACACACACCAGCCUGGGCCAGCGUUCCUUUUUGGAGGGGAAAAACUAUGGAGACAGAGUAGCAGCAGGCAUGUUGUUGGUGGUGUGGUCUACAGCCAUAAAUUGCAAGAGCCAAGAUGAUUUGACUGCCUCUUCCUGUCUAUGAUCUGCCUAUUUGGGGGUCCAACUCAACCUCUGAGAAUCAAGUUCUCCCAUGUCCAUUGUAGGCACUUCUGGAACAUAAGAAGGAACAGAUCAGCCUCAUCAAAUCAAAUACUAAAUGGUUCUCUUUAUUGCGAGGCUGCAAGGUCACCCAAUGAGAGAGGGGCCAAAUAAGCUGGAACAUCAUCUAAUACACUGAAUGAGUUACUGAAAAAGCAAGGAUAACUUAUGUGGAUUAACAAUAUGGAAACAUCCUGAAACUACUUUGGAAUCACCUUAAAUUAAGUGGAUUCAAAUUUUGCAAACAGGGAAACCAGUCCAUGAACAAUUUGCUACAGGACUUCCAGUAUUACGUUGAAUAGGAGUGGUGAAAGUGGCCAUCUUUGUCUUGUUCCCGGUCUUGGGGGAAUGCUUCCAACUUUUCCUCAUGCAGUAUGAAGUUCGCUGGGUAUAAAGGAGUAUAUGCAGAAAUCUGGAGCGCUAAUUAAACUUCUUUGGGUUUUCUCAGUAAGAUCAACACCUGUUGGAAAAAUUUUGCUAAGGAUGCGGGACGCAGCUCUCUCCUGGAAUCGAACGCAGUGGAUAAACUGAUUGUGCAAGAGCGAAAGAGGAACGAAGCUUUUUCUUGUGAGCCCUGGAUCUUAACACAAAUGAGUAUAUGUGCACACAGGGAGCAUUCAAGAAUGAAAUAAACCAGGGUUAGACCCGCGGGGGUUGGUGUGUUCUGACAUAAAUAAAUAAUCUUAAAGCAGCUGUUCCCCUCCCCCCUGCAAAAAUAAAAAAGGAUGAUUGGAAAUGGAGAACGGAGGAUUCACAAAGAAAAAAAAGUAUGUUCAUUUUUCUCUAUAAAGGAGAAAGUAAGCCAAGGAGAUAUUUUUGGAAUGAAAAGUUUGGGGCUUUUUUAGCAAAGUAAAGAACUGGUUCAGUGGUGUUUUCUUUUCUUUUUGAAUUUCCCACAAGAAGAGAGGAAAUUAAUAAUACAUCUGCAAAGAAAUUUCAGAGAAGAAAAGUUGACCGCGGCAGAAUGAGGCAUUGAUGGGGGAGAGAAACCAGCAGAGCACAGUUGGAUUUGUGCCUAUGUUGACUAAAAUUGACGGAUAAUUGCAGUUGGAUUUUUCUUCAUCAACCUCCUUUUUUUUAAUUUUUAUUCUUUUUGGUAUCAAGAUCAUGCGUUUUCUCUUGUUCUUAACCACCUGGAUUUCCAUCUGGAUGUUGCUGUGAUCAGUCUGAAAUACAAUCAAGAAACUGAGAGUGAGAAACAAGGGACUGGCCAGAGUUACUCAGCUAGACAGUGUCAGACAACAGUGGAACUUGUGGUUGGAGACCUGUAUUCCUAAAGAGUUGGCACUUUGAUGGAUCACAUUAAAAAUCUUCCCAAUGUACAAAUGUUCUAAUCCAGAGCCAGAGAGCAACAGCCCCUCUCUUUAUCCUUGCCAAAUUUCACAUGCCAGGGAAUCUAUUUUUUUGAUUGGCAAACACACUGCCUAUUUACAGCAUAGAGACCCCAGUGGAGAGCUAGUUUAGAAACAGCCUCAUGUUUCCUGCUUGACUCCAGAGAUGACUUUCCUUGGGAUUCACUUAUCUUACUGUUUGAAAUCCAGAAGGACCAACACCAGAUAAAUUAUGAAUGUUGAACAAGAUGACCUUACAUCCACAGCAGAUAAUGAUAGGUCCUAGGUUUAACAGGGCCCUAUUUGACCCCCUGCUUGUGGCGCUGCUGGCUCUUCAACUUCUUGUGGUGGCUGGUCUGGUGCGGGCUCAGACCUGCCCUUCUGUGUGCUCCUGCAGCAACCAAUUCAGCAAGGUGAUUUGCGUUCGGAAAAACCUGCGUGAGGUUCCGGAUGGCAUCUCCACCAACACACGGCUGCUGAACCUCCAUGAGAACCAAAUCCAGAUCAUCAAAGUGAACAGCUUCAAGCACUUGAGGCACUUGGAAAUCCUACAGUUGAGUAGGAACCAUAUCAGAACCAUUGAAAUUGGGGCUUUCAAUGGUCUGGCGAACCUCAAUACUCUGGAACUUUUUGACAAUCGUCUUACUACCAUCCCGAAUGGAGCUUUUGUAUACUUAUCUAAACUGAAGGAGCUCUGGUUGCGAAACAACCCCAUUGAAAGCAUCCCUUCUUAUGCUUUUAACAGAAUUCCUUCUUUGCGCCGACUAGACUUAGGGGAAUUGAAAAGACUUUCAUACAUCUCAGAAGGUGCCUUUGAAGGUCUGUCCAACUUGAGGUAUUUGAACCUUGCCAUGUGCAACCUUCGGGAAAUACCUAACCUCACGCCGCUCAUAAAACUAGAUGAGCUGGAUCUUUCUGGGAAUCAUUUAUCUGCCAUCAGGCCUGGCUCUUUCCAGGGUUUGAUGCACCUUCAAAAACUGUGGAUGAUACAGUCCCAGAUUCAAGUGAUUGAACGGAAUGCCUUUGACAACCUUCAGUCACUAGUGGAGAUCAACCUGGCACACAAUAAUCUAACAUUAUUGCCUCAUGACCUCUUCACUCCCUUGCAUCAUCUAGAGCGGAUACAUCUACAUCACAACCCUUGGAACUGUAACUGUGACAUACUGUGGCUCAGCUGGUGGAUAAAAGACAUGGCCCCCUCCAACACAGCUUGUUGUGCCCGGUGUAACACUCCUCCCAAUCUAAAGGGGAGGUACAUUGGAGAGCUCGACCAGAAUUAUUUCACAUGCUAUGCUCCAGUGAUUGUGGAGCCCCCUGCAGACCUCAAUGUCACUGAAGGCAUGGCAGCUGAGUUGAAAUGUCGGGCCUCCACCUCCCUGACAUCUGUAUCUUGGAUUACUCCAAAUGGAACAGUCAUGACACAUGGGGCAUACAAAGUGAGGAUAGCUGUGCUCAGUGAUGGUACGUUAAAUUUCACAAAUGUAACUGUGCAAGAUACAGGCAUGUACACAUGUAUGGUGAGUAAUUCCGUUGGGAAUACUACCGCUUCAGCCACCCUGAAUGUUACUGCGGCAACCACUACUCCUUUCUCUUACUUUUCAACUGUCACAGUAGAGACUAUGGAACCGUCUCAGGAUGAGGCACGGACCACAGAUAACAAUGUGGGUCCCACUCCAGUGGUUGACUGGGAGACCACGAAUGUGACCACCUCUCUCAUGCCACAGAGCACAAGGUCAACAGAGAAAACCUUCACCAUCCCAGUGACUGAUAUAAACAGUGGGAUCCCAGGAAUCGAUGAGGUCAUGAAGACUACCAAAAUUAUCAUUGGGUGUUUUGUGGCCAUCACACUCAUGGCUGCAGUGAUGCUGGUCAUUUUCUACAAGAUGAGGAAGCAGCACCAUCGGCAAAACCAUCAUGCCCCAACAAGGACUGUUGAAAUCAUUAAUGUGGAUGAUGAGAUUACGGGAGACACACCCAUGGAAAGCCACCUGCCCAUGCCUGCUAUCGAGCAUGAGCACCUAAAUCACUAUAACUCAUACAAAUCUCCCUUCAACCACACAACAACAGUUAACACAAUAAAUUCAAUACACAGUUCAGUGCAUGAACCGUUAUUGAUCCGAAUGAACUCUAAAGACAAUGUACAAGAGACUCAAAUCUAAAACAUUUACAGAGUUACAUACAACAAUCAAAAAAAGACAGUUUAUUAAAAAUGACACAAAUGACUGGGCUAAAUCUACUGUUUCAAAAAAGUGUCUUUACAAAAAAACAAAAAAGAAAUUUAUUUAUUAAAAAUUCUAUUGUGAUCUAAAGCAGACAAAAUUAUGUGUAUUCCUCAGAACCUGUUUUGCUGCACUUAUUCACUAUUUCCCACAUCUCGUUCCUCCCUUCCCUGAUUGCCAUAUUUUUCAUAGGAGAUCUCAAUUCCCUAAAGAACUGGUCUAGGAAAUUUUGUAAGAAUUCUGUUAUACUUUGAGAUUUUUAUGGUGAAUUCUAGUGGUGAGAUCCAGUCUAUUUUGUCUCUCUCUUUUUAAUUUUUUUCUUUUUCCCUCAUACCCAUAUGAAGUAAUCCAAUGGGGAAUGCAAUAUUAGAAAUAGAUUUUUUAGAGAGAACAAGGAAAAAAAUGCAAGAUCUUAUAUUUUUCAUGUAAUGACCUGCUCUGUAUUUAUGAGGAAGACCAUUCUAUGGAAAAGAAAAGAAAGUGAGCAAACAACAGAUUAAUUUACAUAUAAGCAUCUAUAAAACCCAUGACUUUUAAACAACUCUAGAACCAGAAUUUGUAGUUAAAAAGCUAAAAAUAAGAUUAUAAAUAAAAUAUUGUUGGUUUUUCUGUACCUGGACACAACUCAUUUGUAGUAUGGCUCAAAUGUGAGAAACUUGAAGGUAAUUAGAUUUUCUUCUUUCUAAGAAAGAAAAUACUACAGUAUUCUUUAGUCACAAAAUCAGUCUCUACAGGGUCCUGUCUGACUAGUUGACUUGAGUUUUAGAUCUAUGCUUAAGGAUGCUGUGGUAUUUUUAAGGUUGUGGAACCCUAACCUUCUCUUUAGGGUUACUCCUUGUAGAUGCUCAGGUUCAAAAAUAAUGAUUUUGUGAAGUAAAUUCAAUUCUACUUGAAGGAAAGUUUCAAUAUAAUUGAUUCACUGUCUCCUCAAUAAAACUUCAUUGGCCAGAUGAACUAAAAUAGCAAAACAGGAAAGUAUUCUAAGUCAUCUAGAGCUGAAAAAGAAUAUUUGGUGCUGAGUGUUAGCAAAUUUAGUUCAAUUCAAUGGUAAUUAUUAAAGUCCUACUGUGUGCAAAAUAUUGAUUUUAGUAUUGUGGGUGCACAAUUGAGAAGCUCUGGUUCCUGCUCUUGCAUCACUCCCAAUCUAUAUAAAAAUAAUUAAAGAAAUCAUCUAGUA